AUGGAUACGCAAAAUAACCUAUUGGUUAAAUUUGCUGACGAUAUAACGACAAGUGCUCCAGUAAAAUCAGGAUCGGAUUCUGCUGAGGCUGAGGUGGAAAGCGUUCAGAAUUGGUCGGACGCAAAUCAAAUGACAUUAAAUCUUUCUAAAACGUGGGAAAUGGUUGUGCACGGUGGGUCUAUGAAACCGUUACCGGCACCGAUUGUAGGCAUUGAACGAAAGAGCUGGUUGAAAUUAUUAGGUGUCACAUUUCAGGAAAAUCCAUGUUGCUGGGAUCUUCAUAUCGAUGAUCUUCUGACGAAGGCCAGCGGGCGUAUGUACAUAUUGAGAGUGUGUAGAUGCUAUGGUUACUCUGCAGAUCAGCUAAGCAAAUUAUUCGAUUCGCUAAUCAUGUCACUCUUUUACUAUUGCAUUGAAGUGUGGGGCUCUGCACUCCAAAAGAAAUAUUUGGAUCGUAUAGACAAGUUUUUCCGGCGGGCUUAUCGUUAUGGAUAUACGACAAAGAGUAUUAAGAUAUCUGAAGUGAUCGAGGAGAGAGACAGAAAAUUAUUCAGCAAAAUCGUAUCGAAUCCAAAACAUGCCCUACAUGAAUUGCUUCCUGUGUGUAAACAAAGGAUCUUAAGACAAAGGGAACAUAACUUUAUUUUACCUCAAAUUAAAACGGAGCGAUUUAAACGAUCCUUUAUAAAUAGAUGUCUUUUUAACUAUUUUUAACUUUUAUAUAAUUAAUUAAGAUAGAUCAAAUUUUUUUUAACUGUAACAAAUAGGAAUUUGACAUUUGUAAAGUUGCACGUCUGUUGUGACUCUAGACAAUAAAGACUUUAAUAAUAAUAAUAAUAAUAAUAUUUAUUAAAUGCAUUCAAUUUAAUUAACGUGUUGUGGAAACCAGCUCGAAAGUAUGGCGAAUUCUUUGUAUUAUCUAUAAAUGAUCAGUGCUUGUAUGUUAUUAUAUUUAUAUAUUAAUAUAUAUGUAAAAGUUCACGGUUUAUAUACCUGUGAGUCUCCAGCUAUAUAGGUCAGUUUGGGGCUGAAUUCCAGGUCUCAUGGCUGGACUUACAAAUUUCACGGUAUUUCAGGAAAACGACUUUCAUUGAUCAAAUUCGGCAUCUCUGAAUGCAAGGAAUCAGUAAAGUUUAAUGACUGCACAUUUUCUAUUUUUUCCCAAUUCUUAAACUGAUGAAAAAAGUAUGGGGAACAGAGGCAGAGGUGAGACGGCUAAGAAAAUAAAGAAACAAAUAUGUGCCAGGAAUAGCAUUCGAUAAAUCUCAGUCCGCGAUUUGCAAAACACGGACUCAGUCCGCGUUUUCCCAGUUCUGUCCAGUCCAGUGCGUGUUUUACAAAUUCAGUCCGCGAUUUGUAAAACACGGACUUAGUCCGCGUUUUCCCUGUCCAGUCCAGUCCGUCUUUUACAACAUUCCAUUAUUUAUUCAGGAGAGUCAACAUCACAAAUUAAUUGUGUUUCUCAGAAGAUCCCCGUUGCAGGGACGAAACUUGAGGGGGGGGGGGGGGGGGGGGGGGGGGGGGGGUAUGGGGGUGUGACACCCCCAAAAUACGAAUCAUCUGGAUUGGCAGGGCGAAUCAUCUGGAUUGGCAGAGCAAUCAAAGAUUUUAAAUAAUAGAAUGUAGAGUUAUUAAGUAACUUACAGGGCUUUCGGCGGGAUUGAAUAGAAUUUAUAUAGACCUAAAUCACGUACAGAUAUUUCACCCAUGUUUUAACAGGAAUUUGUAGGGAAAACAUUUUUUGACCCUUAAUUUAACUGGUUUGUGUCGGUAAAAAUUUUUUGACCGUUUUUCAAUGUCCGGAAAAAUGUUUUCAACCCCCACCCCUGCUUGCCGACAUUUUUGGGAAAAAUAGUGGCCUGAAAUAAAAAUUUGCUGCAGGGCAUCAUCGGUUUUGGCAGGGCAAUUCUGGCAGAUACACCCAAAUUAAAAGGGGCUAGUUUCGCCCCUGCCCCGUUGAAAAACAUUGAAGUAAUAUGCAUGCGGGAUAUUCGUUUAUUAUACGCUCACAUGUCAUUGACGAAUCUCAAACCAAUCAAACGAAGCUAAAUCCACGAUCUGAUCCAAAAUAUUAGAUAAAUCCCCAAUCCGCUGUAUUAAUAAGAUCCGCAAAUCCGUGUAAAAUAUUCACCAGAUCCGACUCCGAACAAUUUUUUCUGUGAAAUCCGACGAUCCGAAAACCUAUUCACCUCCGUAAACAUCUUUUUCUGAUGGUUUUUGUUAUACUUUUCUUGUAUCGACUGGUUUUGAUGAAAGACAACCCAUUUUAUUUCGUGAAAAAAUAAACAAAAAUAUGAACACUGAACAUUUAACUGUUAAGAGGCAAUUUUUUUCAAUGUCACUUGACGUAUUUGCAAUGAAAAGUGUUCAAAACCUAAAAUCUUUUUGGCGUUCCUCUGAAAAUUACUUUGUUUUAACUUUAUUCUCUAGUUUAUAGAGUUAGUUUGCCGAUUGAGAAAAGUAUCGAAAAAUAAAAAUUUUGAAUUGAUUCAUAACCUCAAGUGACAUAUUAUACGCAUUAGUUUUGAGCGCGUGUUACCAGGUGUUACGUAACAUACAAAAAAAUCUCCUCUUAAAGUGAAUCCAUUCAAAGGAAAUCAAUUACACUGAAAAAUAUUUGAGAAAAGAAUUACAAAGACAAAUUGGAAACCGAAACGGACGAAGAGCGGUUAAAGGUGUUCCGAGGGGCUAAGGAUCUCGUGGAAUCAUUGAUAGAUGAAGCAAGGAUUGUUCCAGAAUCGGAAGAAGGUAAAAGAAAAUUUAGGGAAAUCAUCAGAGAUAACGUUCGCGUGGGAUUUGAAAAAUUCCGAGCCUGGGCAAACGAAAAUUUAGAAAUUGUUAGCUCCAUCGUCAUAUCCAUUGCGGGAAUAAUUACGACUGUGGUUGUGGCGGGAAAAGGAGCUGUUGCUGCGAGCUGGCAAGAUUAG